UCUGAAACAUAUCGAUAAAGAAAUUUUAUUUUAAUGUCAGAAUAUUAUUGUCCUUUCCGGCACGUGUUGUCACACUGUUUUGAAAACUUGUUUGAAAACCAGUUUUCAACGUUCAAGUAUUUUGGUAUUCGGUAACAAGUCUAGCAAGGACAUGAAUAGGCACAUCUUAAAGGAAGAUAGUUCGGCUUGUUGGUGCUUCGCAAUAAUUACGUGGUAUACAGAAUUAAUUUUGACAUUCGUUGGCUAUGGCCAUGUGAAAAUCAUUGUACCAACGCCUGUGUCGAACACUAAAGGAAUAAAAUGAAUUUUCAGGUUAUUCGCAAAACUAUUUUCAUUAGGAUAUUCCAGCCAUGUGACCGCAAUAACAAUUUUGGCACUUACAUGAACAGCUGCAUGAGACAACGCGAUUUGCUUUUCAGGAAAUUUUCUUUGCAUUCGAAGCCGUCUAAUUCUUCGGGCGCAAACACGUGUGUACUGAAAACUGUUCCAAGUUGUGCGGUAACGAAAGUGUCUAGGUUUCACACGAGUGUCCCGAAAUGUUCAUCGCCGAAGCCAGUAAUAAAAAACAUCAGAAAGUCUGAACUAAAGAGGUUGCUGUCACUAGCAAAGCCUGAGAAAUGGAAAUUAUCAGGUGCUGUGUCCCUCCUACUGGUGUCCAGUGCAGUCACCAUGGCCGUGCCAUUCUGUCUGGGGAAAAUCAUCGAUAUUAUCUACACUGCCGACUCUAGCAAAAUGAAAGAGAACCUGAACAAGUUCAGCGGCUUCCUUGUGUGUGUGUUUCUGCUGGGGGCAGCUUGCAAUUUUGGUCGUGUGUACCUAAUGAACACUUCAGGCCAGAGGAUCACGCAGCGGCUACGCAAGACGGUGUUUGCAUCCAUCAUGAGGCAGGAAGUGGCGUUCUUUGACAAGAACAAGACGGGGGAGCUGGUGAAUCGGCUGUCGGCAGACACCACACUCGUCAGCCAUGCCGUGACGCAGAACAUCUCAGAUGGGCUGCGUUCCACGGUCAUGGCCAUAGCGGGAGUCUCCAUGAUGCUGUACCUGUCCCCUCGACUGGCUCUGGUGGGGCUGGCCGUGGUGCCCCCCGUCGCGGGUAUGGCCAUCUUCUACGGCCGCUACGUCCGCGCCAUCACCAAGUCCGUGCAGGACUCCCUGGCAGAUGCAACGCAGGUGGCUCAAGAGAAGAUUGCUGGCAUUCGCACUGUGAAGACAUUCAGCAAGGAGGAUGAAGAGAACCGCUCGUACGGGGAGAGGAUCCAGCGAGUGCUCUCACUGGCGUACAAAGAAGCCUUGGCCAGCAGCAUUUUCUACGGAAUGACGGGCCUGAGCGGCAAUGCAGUGGUGCUGAGUGUGCUGUACUGCGGUGGAGUGAUGGUCAGCGAGCAGCAGCUGUCGGUGGGCGGCCUCUCUUCCUUCCUGCUGUACGCGGCCUACAUCGGCGUGGCCUUGGGAGGAGUCUCCAGCUGCUACUCCGAGCUCAACCGGGGUCUGGGUGCCAGCGCUCGCAUCUGGGAGAUUGUCGACCGAGUACCGGCCAUUCCUACUUCAGGCGGCGCGGUGCCGUCCGGGGAGGUCGCAGGGCGCGUCUCCUUCCGGGGGGUGCGGUUCAGCUACCCGUCGCGGCCCAGCUCGCUCAUCUUCCAGGACCUGAGCCUGGACAUUCCAGCGGGCGGCAUCAUGGCCGUGGUGGGCGCCAGCGGCUCGGGCAAGAGCACGCUCGCGGCCUUGCUGCUGAGGCUGUACGACCCUGACCGGGGGCAGGUGCUGCUGGACGGCCGGCCCAUCACCGGCCUCGACGUCCGCUGGCUGCGGAGGCACAUCGGCACCGUCAGUCAGGAACCAGUUUUGUUCUCGUGUUCAAUACGCGACAACAUUGUGUAUGGGGCAGACAACCCGGAGGAAGUGACAGAUGACCAGCUCUUCGCUGCGGCCAAAGAAGCAAAUGCUUACGACUUCAUAGUGAAUACGUUUCCUGAAGGGUUCAACACUAAGGUUGGAGAACGAGGCGUGAUGUUGUCCGGCGGUCAGAAGCAACGGGUGGCCAUCGCCCGUGCACUCAUCAAGAAUCCGCGUAUUCUUCUACUGGACGAGGCAACAAGCGCACUUGAUGCGGAGAGCGAACACCUUGUGCAAGAUGCUCUGGACCGCAUAAUGAAGGGCCGUACCGUCCUCACAAUAGCACAUCGCCUCUCUACCAUCAGGAACGCAGACCAGAUAGCUGUCCUUGAGCGGGGCGAGGUGGUGGAGAUCGGCACGUACGCCGCGCUCAUGUGCCUCCCUGACGGAGCGUUCAGGAAGCUCGUCCAGCACCAGACCUUCCAAGGGGACUCCCAGUAGCGCUGCAGUGUUGCCGUCUCGGCUGGCUGCACUCUUCAGCCAGAUUGACUCGCACUUCUCAGGUUAUUCAUUACUUUGCUACUCAUCCAAGAAUUUUAUACAACAACCUCCCAAAGUGUUUUAUGUUGCCACUGUUUAUUUCCAUACAAAGUUUGCAUCAAAGUGCAUAGAUAAAAAAUUUAAUUCAUCCUUAUGUUUUUGAUAAUAUUUAAUCACUUUUAAAAUACAAAUGCUCGACUAUUUAUUUGUACUGUUCUCAAUUUAUCUAUUUUAGACUAACUUAUUACUAAUUAUUUGAGAUGAAAUGCAGCAUGGCAACAUUACACUAUUCUGGUGAAAAAAAAAUAUCAUCACUGAAAUCUUGUAUUUUAAAAAACAAAAUUGGUCAAAAUUAAACCGUAAACUCUUGUCUCUAUUAUCACUUGGAUGAAUGCAAAUUUCAGAAUAUUUAAACCAGACCACAAGCUUCGCCUUAUAAAAAGUCCAAAGAUAGAUCAUAAAUGCCUGUCUAGCCGUAAAAUAUAAUAUGUAUACCAUAACCUGUGCUCAUAGUUGUGACCAACUGUUUGUAAAAAUUCAAGGUAGCAUUGUUCAGUCCCCUUCAAGGGGUCUUUGACAUCACACUGUACGAGACAUGGGUGACAAACCAUAUUGCUGGGAUGUGAAGCAAAAUCCAUGCAAAAUGGGUUUUAAUUCAUUGUUUCACAAGAUGUUCCUUUGUUUAUGAGUUAUCUGGUUAUAAGACAGCAAGGUACAUUACCAGUGCAGAAGAACCAAUCAAAUUGGCACUGCAUCACAGGAAUGUUUAGAACAUGAUCCAUCUUGCAGAGAAAAUUCAGAAGGGUUCUCGAGCAAGAUUGACUAAAGCCAUACUAAAAAUAAAGGUGGAUUGUAUGUAGAAACUACUGCUUUCUUUAAAGAAAAAAACAAGGGGGAGUGUUUCACUUUUUCCAUGUUUAUUUUUUUUAUCUACAUAUCUUAGACUUUCCUAUGCUAAUUUGCUUCUAUAUCAUCCGUGGAAAUGCCCAUUCACGACAAAUGUCUUUAUUUUUACACUUUUCUCCUUGUUUAUUAUUUAUACCCUGGUAUCUUGAGAAAUGUAGAAGUUUCACUGAAAUUUUUUUUUUAUAGAAAGUCUUUGUGCUUUACAACAUAAUUUAUAUUGUAUGUAUAUUUAAUAAUAAUUUAUAUUCUAUAGUGAAUACGUAUUAAUAUACAGUGGAAAAUAAUAAAUACCUAAUACCAUGUAUUUCCUACGCUACUUUCUACUUACACGUUUUUGUUUGCAAAAGUUUAGUACAAAAUAGUUUUUUAGUUUUAGAUUCCAUAAACAAUUUUUACCUGUGUGUUGAUGACAAGUCUUUCUUCCUAAAUGAUUGAAUGCUCCUGUACAGAAAUGCUACCUACUUAUCCAACAGUUAUUUGUUAUAUGUGAGGCAUAAGCUGUUAGCCAACACGUUAAUGUACAAUUCAAACAUUUACUUCAAACUAGAACUGUAAGAAUCAAGUUAAUGGUUGUGUGACAGUAUUCUUUAAAAUAAUCGCUCAAGUUUCCAACUGUUAUGUACUAAGAGAUGACACUGUUUAAUUUUAAGAGAAAAACUUGGAGAAAAAAAUCGCAGAAAGGGUUAGGCACUGCUGGGAUGUCCUGGAGAUGUGAUUUUAAACUGGUCUACAGUUUUUGGGAAAACUAUCUCAGGAAUUCUUUAGUUCAUGUCUUUUAUGUUACUGAAAUAUUGUUUAUUUUGUUCAUGUCUGUGUAAUCAAAACAUAUUUUUAAGAAAAAGAGUACAAUGAACUGAACCACUAUCCAGAAUCACAUGUACAACUACUGACAUCACAUUGCCUUGUAUGCACAGUACACCCAAAGACACUAUCCAAACAGCAUUUGUAAAUUUCCUUUUGGAAAUAAUGUCACCGUCACUGCCCAACAGUACCUAGGUUGCCAUUACAGUAACCAAAAUACUAACUAUGUGUAAAUAUAGAAACUUGCUUAUAUGAUUGCAAAGUGUCCCAGAGAAAUGCAUUUAUGUCUUCUUGACUGUUAAGGUUACAUCUUCACAGUACUUUUAUCUCUCAGCAUUCUUCUGUAGCAGCACAGGUAUUGCAAUCUCAUGUUAUCUCUUUCUGAUAGCCUCAUUUGGCACAUGUCACCCUUGAUGUGAUGGGCUUGAGUGCUUUUAAGGUGAUAGGGAAUUUAGUCUCGGGACUUAUGAAAUACACGUUAUCAAGGAUGUUGGGAGCUUCAUCAUAAUUGCUGGUCUAACGACGAUUGAGCCUGAAGUAGCUGUCAUCGAGGACGUAAUGCACUCAACCAACUGUGCAGGCCAAGUUACAAAAUCUGCCACUAUGCGUGAUGCCUCCUGCUCAGAUUUACCCCAAUGUGCCUUUUUUUUUUUUAAAUUUAUUUAAUAGCUGUUUGGGGGAAACCAAUACAUAUUGUGGAUUAAAAAUAAUACACAUUUAUGACCAGUGUAGCAGGUGUGGGCUUGAAAUGACCGUGUGAACUUAAUAAUUUAUUGAUCAUAAAUUUAAAUAGGUAAAAAAGUUGGUAGGCUGUUGUAUGAUUUUCUUUGCAGAUGCAAAUAUUUAGCAGCUACAACUCAUUACAUAACUUUUAUUUUCUCCAUCUUCAUUCUCGUACCUCUGCUUUUUUGUCCUAUUUGUUCAGUUAUUGUUGCUCUUAUUUAUGUAUUCAAGUUCAGCUUGCUCCAUUUUCUUUCUGAGUGUUGUUUUUAAAACAAAAUCUCAAAACCAUUUUCAUAGUCCGCAAAUUUGUUACUUUUAAUUCAAUCAACAUCUUGAAGUAACAUUUCAGAUACUUAUGUCCAUAGUCUCUCUACGUCUUUUUUAACUCACUAACAUCUGUUUUAUGUUUAAAAGCCACUGCAUAAAAUGAUUUUCCAGUAAUAUAUUUUGCUAAUCUAAUGUAAUUUUUUCUUUCUACAAUGUUGAGUUUUUAUUGUAGUUUCAUACUCGUAGGGUGUGAUAUUUUGUUGUAACUUUAAUGUUUAAAAUUGUUGUUUAAAAUGAAGAUACUUUAAUGUUUAAAAUGAAGAGUGCUCUUUAAUAGAAUAUGUAUAUCAUUGUUCCAGAUUAUGCAUGUUUGCCAUAAAAUUAAAAAAAUAUGUUUUUAUUUUGUA